GAUCGAGAAUCCUGGCACCACCAAUGGAGAAUGUAUAAUGAAAACGGGAUUAAUAAAAGAAGAGGACUUGGGAACAUCCUAACUAUUUUUCAGGAAAUCUGCUUUUUUUGUGUGUUUUAGUCAAGACGUUCCCGUCAGCUUUUCUAGAUGUGUCCUUGUCAUGGUAAAUGACAGUGCUACCAUUCUGUUGGACUUCCUGUACCUCUCCGCAGUGUCCAUGUCCUAAACUGAAGACAUGCAGGUGGAUUACAAGGACUUCGUUGCAGUCACUGUCUAUUCCAUUACCUUCCUUCUGGGUCUUCCCGCCAACCUUCUGGUCCUGUUCGUGUACGUGCGCAAGGCCCGCAAACAUGGCGCCACGCCCAACGUGGUCUACGCCCUCAACCUGUGCCUGGCCAACUUGGCCCUGGUGGUCUGGCUUCCUGUGAAGACUCUGGAGACCUUGCUUCAGAACUGGAUGCUACCAGCACCCGUCUGCCCGAUCUACAGCUUCUUCCUCUUCUCCUCGAUGUAUGCCAGCUGCCUGUUCAUCACCGUGGUGACAGUGGGGCGCUACCUCAGCAUCGCAUUCCCGAUUAUCUACAAGAGAUACCGCCAUGCUCGGAACUCCUGCUUCAUCAGCGUUGCCUUGUGGGUCUUGGUGCUCAUUCACCUCAGUGUUGCCCUGGUGACUGAAGGAGGGCCUAACUUUGUCUCCAUUAAGGGUGACACGUUAGAAUGCUACGGCAACUUCAACGACACCCAGCUGGCUGUUCUUCUGCCUUUACGCCUGGAGAUGGCCAUCGUCUUGUUUAUUUUGCCUCUUAUCGUGACGUCGUUUUGCACGCUGCGCUGCGUCACCCUGGUGUGGCGAUCAAAUUUGCGCCCCAUGGGAAAGAGAAGGGUUCUGACUGUUGCUCUCUCCACGCUGGCGGUGUUCGUGGUGUGCUAUGCCCCCUACAACGCCUCACACAUUGUGGGGUUUGUUCAACAUGCAAAUGUUCAGUGGAGGACGUACGCCAUGCUGACCAGCUCCUUUAAUGUCUUCCUGGAGCCCGUGGUCAUGAUGAUGCUGUCGCCAGCGUCGUCAAGGGGGUUCAUGGGAAGAAUGUGUGGACGGCAAAGCCAAUUCAGCCGGAUUGAGGGGGGUCGGCAUCGAGUUAACAGCGCUAAUGGUGUUGCUAAUGCAAGGACACCACAAACACUACUUGAGAGGAGCUAGGCGGGGGCCCAGGUGACCAAAGAAAGCCAUGAGUGAGGUCACAGUGGGGGGAGGCCAAAGGUAUCCCGGGAAGAAAAUGUGACAGAUCCAAAAGCAGGAACAGGAUAAAAACGGUCAGCCGAUGUGUGUACCUUUGAGCGGCUCCAGAAAAUGUCCACAUCACCACUCAUCUGGUUCAGAUACACUUAAAGUCCUCCUGACAUAUAUCCAGCACAUUUAGAUGAAAUAAGAAAAACAGAGUAAGGCUGUUUCGCCAACAGCAUACAGUGUCAAAAUAACCUGUUAUGUCAAUGUUUUUGAUAAUUAUACAGUAAGAAGGAACUAUGAACAGAGAAGGAAAUUCACAUCUUUGGAAUGAAAAAGAUUCUCUCAAAAAAACGCAGUAGUUAAUCAAACCUUAGUUUUAAACCAGUCAUUGGAAAUCGUGCUUAACUUUACAUCAGGUGGUCAGUGUGAGGACACAUGGCUCCAUCUGGUGUCUGGAUAGGGUCUGCUCUAACCUCAAACUGGACAAUUAAUACACCAUAGUGCUCGUUAUCUUUCCGAA